AUGAGAGCUGACCCUGACACAGAUGAUCUCCUUGACUUGUCUACUUCCGUGGGCUCUAGGUUCAAAGGCCGAUACAUCAGACCAGAGAAGGUGGGGGGCAUUCAAAUGAGAGCUGUGUCUGAGAUCAUGGAUGAGGACCAGGGCCAAUCACAGAAAGGGCCUUCUGAGGGAGCAGCAGACCAAGGUGCUAAAGGAGGAGCUGUCAGUGGACCACCUAUGCCACUGAGCAUGAAGAAGCAAUUUCAUGGGCACGCAGGUUCGGGACACUUUGGGGUAACUAAGACACUGCGGCGGUUGCGUGCUCGGUUCUACUGGCCGGGUUGUCAUACUGAUAGCGAACUUUUUGUUCACAGAUGCGAUGUCUGCACGGCAAAGAAGGGCCCUACCCAGCGCUCACGAGCACCCUUGCAAGACUUUCGGGUGGGGGCGCCCAUGGAACGUAUGGGCGUGGACAUUCUGGGGCCGUUUCCCAUCUCUGAUCGCGGGAAUCGUUAUGUGCUGGUGGCCAUGGAUUAUUUCACGAAGUGGCCGGAGGCGUUCGCUGUUCCAGAUCAGAGCGCUUCCACCACGGCUCGAGUGCUGGUGGAUGAGGUGUUCAGCCGAUUCGAAGCCCCGGAGCAGUUGCACAGCGACCAGGGGCGUAACUUCGAGGCGGAGGUGUUUGCGGCGGUGUGCGAGCGCCUCGGAGUGAAAAAGACCCGCACCACGCCCCUGCAUCCACAAAGUGACGGCCUCGUGGAACGGUUCAACCGAACACUCACCACCCAACUCGCCGUGCUUACCAGCGACCGGCAAAAAGAUUGGGACGAGCAUUUGCCUCUCGUGCUUUGGGCGUAUCGUACAGCGGUGCAGGAGUACUCGCAACUGACGCCAGCUGCGUUGAUGUUCGGUCGCGAGUUGCGCACGCCUGUGGAUCUAGUGUUCGGGUCCCCUCCACAAGUGGAUUUACCCACGAAACCAGGUGUGGAGUAUUUUUGUUCAUUAAAAGACAAACUGUUCCGUGUCCACGAAUUGGCGCGUAGACACUUGGCGGACGCCGGGGUUAAGCAGCGCCGUGUGUACGAUACGCACAGCCGGGGGCGAGACUUUGCUGCUGGGGAGCAAGUUUGGGUGUAUUCCCCCGGAAGGAAAAGGGGGCUCUCACCUAAGCUUAUGUCGCACUGGGUGGGCCCCUGCACGGUCGUCGCACAGCUCUCUGACGUGGUCUACCGGGUGCGGUUGGCGGGGCGGUCGCGACUGGUCGUGCUCCACCGGGAUCGUCUGGCUCCUUAUCAGCCCCACGCCAGGGCAUCGGCGGAUGCUGUGGAGGCCAGUCCGCCUUAG